AACGCUGCGCUGCCGCUCGGUUCGUGGCGCGAUCGAUGGUCCCCCGAUUUGAAGCGAUCCGAUGUGUUAUAUUCACCGCUUGCAUAUUCAUUACUCUUACACUUGCGCCGACCGAAGGCAAACAAAAACAAUUACAUACGGGGCUCUCCCUUUUGAAUAAAAUAGCAACAAAGUGAGCUGCGCUGGGCGGUAAAUGGUAAAUCGUAAAUGGUAGACCAUCCAUACCGCUCUGCCACAUCUACAUAUUCACUUAACGUGACGUAACAGCACACAUUUUGUUAUUGUUUGGCCUGCUCCCCAAACGUGUGACCAUCUAUAUAUGUAUAUGAAAUAUACAUAUAAAUAUAUGUAUAUGUAGCCGAAUGUAUAUAUUUGAGUGUGGCGUUUUCAUGAACGCGUUCGUGAUCUUUGAAGCAAAACAAAGCUAAAGCUGUCCAUUUCACCGCGAAACGCAGCAUAAGGCAACGGCCCAAUAAUCAUCGGUUUUCUAUGUAUAUAUAUACAUAGAGCCAAAAACCGAAAUUGCUCACGUAAACCCAAAAAUAUAGACGUAUAUAGUUUUCUGCCGACGUCAUGCCAACAAACAACCAGUGGCUAACGAUUUAUGUAAAGUGAAAACAACUUUGAUUCUGGCCAUGUUCAAAUACGGCUGCUAUGGAUCCAAUUUUCUUCUCGCCAACGAAUGGUAUACCGUCAGAGAGUAAACUCGCAACUUAUAUGAAUCGACAGAAUGUCGCCACAACGAGCGGUUAUGGGCUGAAUAACGGGUUCUCACUACUUAAUUUGGAUUCGCCCCUAAAUAAAAAGUCCCAGGUCACACCGCAGUCACCGCCCGAGUUCAUUCCAACGCGCAUAAGCUCGACCCCCAACUUCUACGCACCAUAUCACAACGCGCCCAUGCAAUUGAGUAAUGGGCUCAACGGCGUCAAUGGGUUAACAUCUGCCGCAGUAGCAGCAGCCGCAGUAGCUCCCUCACCCACGUCAUCGGUGUCCUCCGCCUCCGUAAAUAUCAACAAAACGGUCAACGGUGGUGGCUCCAUGCUCACCCUGCAAAAGUCCGCCUCCAUCGCCACUGUUACCAUCGCACAACAGCAACAGCAUCCACAGAAACAACAUCCGCCGCCUGUGGGCGGUGGAGGUAUAUCCAACGCCUCCGCCCCCAUCGCUAUCAGUGGCGCACCACCGAAUCCCGCCGCCGCUCCUUUCGUCAGCAGCAUGUCCGCCCAAACGCCGCUCAAGGGACGGGGUGCCAUGCUGCGCCAGGAAUCGCCCACGGCUGCCAUGCUUUCGGGCGGAGGACCCGGUGAGAAAUCGCCACCACACGGGAUGACGCCGCACGGAGCAUCACCCAUACCCACUUCGCUGCCUACCAGCGUUCAUCAGGAGAACGUCGGAGGCACCAUUUACUUCUAUCCAACUGCCAACGCACAGAACAACCAGCCCGUUGUCAAUUCCGUAGUGGUAGACACUACACAUCCGGCACAUCAUGGCGUAAGUGCUGUGGCACCAAUGAAUGCGGGAGUUCCGCCGACUAUAAUGUACACGGGGCAUGUGUAUCCGGGACCAUCCUCCAACGUGGUCACCCUGCAGCCGAAGACACUGCUGGAGUCGGCCUUCUUCAUGCCCGACGAGAUGCGCUCUGAAAUCCUUGCCCGCAAUGAGAUCUCCAACCUUAUCAUGGACGCAGUGGAGGCUGCGCAGCACGCUCUGCCGAUGGAGGUGGAUAACUACCAUGCUCUAUAUCCACUAGAACCGCCGGCUCAGCCGAUGCACGCCAAGCUCACGCUUCCCGCCAGCACCUAUCGGGCAACGCACAACACAACGGGCUAUAAGUACUGCCUGCGAAGGUUACACGGUUUCCGCCUGCAGUCGACCAAGUGCAUGACGUUGGUGGACAUGUGGAAGAAGCUGCAGCACACGAAUGUGGUACAAUUGCGUGAGGUGUUCACGACGAAAGCAUUUGGUGAUAACUCUCUAGUAUUAGUGUACGACUACUAUCCCGGCUCACAAACAUUACUGGCCAAAUACUUCACACCAACGCCAGAGACCAACGGGUACACUGAUCCAUUCCAAGGCGAGGCCCGCCCCUUCAGUCAUAAGAGUAAUAUGCAGCGAACUAGCAAUGGACCCCUUCUCCCAGAGGCCACCAUCUGGUCGAUCAUCAUGCAGCUGACCGCCGGUCUAAAAGCCAUCCACCAUGCCGGUCUUGCAUGCAAGGUUCUGGAUCCCACAAAGAUCAUAGUGACGGGCAAGCGGGUACGAUUUAGCUCCUGUUGCAUCGCGGACAUUACGCAAUUCGAUCCGAAUGCGGCCAAUCCUUUGGCACUGGUUAACAUGCACCAGCAGGAUGAUUUGACCGCUUUGGGUCGCUUAGUAUUAGCGUUGGCCUGCCGCUGCCUUCAAUCUGUGCAACGCGACAACGUCCAGUCAAGCAUCGAUAUGGUCACGCGAAACUACUCCACCGAUCUGCGUAACUUCAUAGUUUACCUUUUCACCACGAACAACCGUCGCUCGGUGACUGAUCUGAUGCCGAUGAUUGGUGCCCGUUUCUAUACGCAACUGGAUGCCCUGCAGAGUCAAAUUGAUAUGCAGGAGGAUGAGCUGGCGAAGGAAAUGGAGAACGGGCGGCUUUAUCGUAUUUUGGUCAAACUAAACUGCAUCAAUGAGCGAUCCGACUUAAAUCUGGACUGCACUUGGUCCGAGACUGGUGAUAGAUACAUGUUGAAAUUAUUCCGUGAUUUUUUGUUCCAUUCCGUCACUGAGGAUGGCCGGCCCUGGCUAGAUCACGCACACAUUGUACAAUGCCUCAACAAGCUGGAUGCUGGCUGCAUAGAGCGCGUGCAACUGAUGUCCCGCGACGAGCAAUCGGUACUCAUCGUCUCAUAUGCUGAACUCAAGAAUUGUCUGGAGAACGCCUUCUCCGAACUGAUGUCAAGUGCGGCCAACUGAGCACCUCGAGGGUAAACAAAGAGGAAACAUGAAGCAGGAAACUGUUUCUGGUUACUGAAAACACGCGCAGCUCACUUAGCCACCCUCCGCACGACCACAAAGCGACUACGAUUAAACGGAUUAGCUACUAAGCGAAACAUUCAUUACGACUAAGACAUUUUGAGAACCAUAAACAAGUAAAAUACGAAGAUGUUUAUUGUUAAGCCAAACCGAAAAAAAAGAGUAAAACAAGCAAAAAAAAAAAAAA